AUGCUCUCCCUCCCACUCAUCCCACCCACCAUCGACUCUUCCCCCAUCCUCCCUACACGUUUCCGACCCCGCCCAAACUCUCCACCACCUGCCAAUGCCGCUCAGAACCCACAAGCAGCGCGUCAGCUCCAGCAACGACGAGAUGAAGAACGCAAAGCCCACAACACCCACUCACCACUCGCACUACUAACCACCGACGAGAACGCGAUCAAGUCUCGCAAGUAUGACAUACAAAUGUUCGGCCAUCGCUGGAUUCGUCCUCCAGGAGUACCCAAAACACUGCAGGCUAUGCACGAAGAAGAAGUCGAGCGUAGGGAAAUGGAGGAGCAGGCAAGACAGGAGCAGAAUAUGAGGGAUCUACAAGCGAGGCAGGAAGUCGAGGAGGCUCGAGAGAGGGCUGAGAGAGCUGAUGAAGAAGGUGGAGAGGAUGAAGAGGAGGAGCGCGAUUUGGACGAAGACAUUCCAGACGCUGAUGCUGAAGCAGAGGCUGAAGUCAGCUUUAAUGAGGAAAGUAUGGUCGAAGGCAGCAGUCAAUUUGUCGAAAACGAUGGAGAAGUAGAGGAUGAUGAAGACGUACGAGAAGCAGUCGAGAUGGAAGUGGCAGAAUUGACGGGUGCAGCACGAGAGGAGGAGGAACUGGGCAUUGAUCGUGACCUCGACGACUCCGUCCCGGAAGCAGGCAGUUAUCAGCAUACAGACACUGAACUCGAAGAUAGUGACGACGAGGAAAGUGGAUUGCAAGACUCUUUCGCCAUGCAGAGUGCGCGACGCUCGGUUCGAGUGCAGCAGCGCGAUAGCAGGUCUGCUCGAUCAGGACGGCAGUUCCAGGCACAGGUGCAAAGUAUGGGUGGGUUACAAGAGAGGAUGCGAGCACAGGUUGGUGCGGCGGAUGCUUUGCCUAGAAGUCCUGGAAGCCUGAACUUGUCGAGCUCGGUGUUGGAGGGCUCCUUUGUGGGUAGUAGUCCUGUUCUGCAGAUGCAGAGAGGUGGUCAUGCACAGGCAAGAGGUAGAAGCGGGAGGAGGGGGAGGAUGAGCUGA